AUGUAUAAAAAUGGUUGUGCAAUUGAAAGAAUAUUAAGACAUAAAUUAUGCAAAAAUGAUUUUGAUAAUUUAUUAUUUUGGUCUGAUUCCAUUUGUCAUUUAGAUAAUGAGAAACCACAAUUUAAACAUUUUAUUAUUGGACAAGAAUGGUUAUAUACAAUGAAUCAUCCACAAAGACAAUUAGAUUGUAGAAUACAUUUCAAUUCUAUUUUAGAUAUUGAAUGUAUUGGAGAUAUAGCCAUGUUUCUAACAUGUCAAAUUACACGAAAUUAUAAUCAUAUUUGUGUGAAAUUCAUCAGUAAACAGAUUCAACAACAACAACAACAACAACGAAAAACGGUUAAAUCUGUUAAGAAUACGAAACAAAAUGUCAAAUUUACAGAUAAAAUAGAAAAAGUCGAAAAGGAAUUUGCUAUCAUAGAUGAUGUGAAUAUUGAUCAACAAGCUGGGAUAUUAAACUCUAAAGUUACAGAAAAUGAUCAUGAUCCAGUUAUUAGUGUCAUUCGAAAAUUACACAUCUAUUUAACCGAUACAAAUUUUAUUGGAUUUGAUAUUUUACAAAAAUCAAUAAAUCGAUGGUAUUAUUCUAAUAAACAAUUCAAGCAUAUGAUUACAAAUUUAAUGAAUUUACCACAUUUUCAACUAGUCCAAACAUCAUCAAUCAAACAAUUCCUUUCAUCAUCAUCAUCAUCAUCCUCACCAUCCUUAGAAGAAGAUAAUAUUGAAGGAUUAAUUGCUAAGGCAACUAGAAAGAAUACAAUAAUCUAUUCAACAACAGCGGAUAAUGAAGAUUUACAACAAUUAAUGAAUAUGUUUAAACCAUUCUGUAAAAAUGUUACCAUGGAUACAAGUAAUACUCAAAUGAACAAUCAUAUGGAUACAUUCACUAUAUAUAUAAAUAAAUUAGAUCAUUGGAUUAAUAAAACUAAAAUGAUCAAUGAAUUUAUACAUAAAAAACAGAUCAACUUGAAUAUUAUUCAUCUUAUAAAUGAACAAUUAAAUCAAUUAGAUCAUAAUUUAACAAUCAUUUUAGAUAAAUAUCCAUUCGAUGUUUCUAUAAGAUUAUCUAAUCAACUGAUUACAAUUAUGGAGCUUCUUUUAACUCAAGUAACAUUUACAUUGCCGGCGCAACCAAUUUAUCUUGGAAACAAAGAAACACAAAUGUGCGUUGAACUAGAAGAUCGUGAUAAACACAUCAUAGGAACUCAAUCAAGGCAAACAACAAGUGAUCGCAUGAAACUGGUCAUUCAUUUAAUGAAAAUAAUCAAUUUAUUACUAUCAUACAUUUUGCCAAUAUUUACACAAUCGAAUAGAAAUCUUAGUCUACUGAAUAAAGAUAAAAUCACAAUAACUGUGAAUGAGAAAGUUAUGAGAAAAAAAUUGGAAAAAGUUAUUUCACAUCUCAUUAAACACUUAGUACAGUUACCAUGUGUAAUUGAUGACUUCUCUUUAGAUGUAUUAUAUAAGGAAAGUACUCAACAGCCUAAUUGUUUUCAAAUUGAAUUGGAGACAUGGAUUCAAAGAUAUGAAAUGGAAAGAUUAGAUAUAAUGAGUAAAGAAUAUGUUCAUGUUGAUCAAUGGUUACAAGAUAUUUCAGAAAAAGAUCCAUAUGCAAUCACAGUAUCAACAAUCAGAAGUAUUUUCAAUGAUCAUCCUGAAAUUGGUAUUUUCAUACAUCAAUUCAAUGAUCAAAUUAAUUGUUUCUUUUCUGAACUUAUAUUAAAUACAUCACAUUUAUCAAUCAUAUUGAAUAGAACAAACAAUCUCAAUGGAAUUGUUCAUCAAGAUGAUUGGAUUAAACUAAUCAUUCAUAAUAUGAUUAUCAUGAAAUCAAAUAAAUCAAUAAUCUAUUUAUUAAAUUGUCUAUUAGCUCAUGCAUUUACAACAUUUAAUAUUAUGAAUUCAAAAAAACUAACCAGUACUACUCAUACUACUCAUACUACUAAUGCUAACACUAAUACUCAUACUACACAUACUACUAAUGCUAACACUACUACUCAUAAUACUACUACUAAUACUACUAGUGCUAGCACUAAUACUCAUACUACUACUACUACCACUACUAGUAGUAGUAGUAAUAUGGAACAAAAAGAAGAAUCUAUAUCCACAAUUAUUCGAUCAUUAUUUAUUAUAGAUUGGUUCACUGAACAAUAUCCAUAUUUAAUUGAUACAUUAAUGAAUAUAGAUUAUAAAGAUUUACUUUAUAUUUUCAAUAUAAAUAGUAUUAUAUCUAUAACAGAUAAAUUCAAUGAAAUAUCUCCAAUGAAUUUAAUACAAAUCAAGUUGAUUAAAUGUAUUCUAAUUGCAUUAAUAAGUCGAUUAUAUGAGAAACUUAAUAUUAUCAGUGAAAUUUCACAAAACAAUGUCACAUAACGAGUAAUGAUUUGAUCAAGUACAAUGAGAACAAUGUACAUAAUUAAUUUCUUAAAAUGAUAUAUAUCUGACAUUGAACCGUAUCUUGAAGAUUAACUUAGUUGAUUAGGUAUAUUUAUCAGUUAUAAGUACUUAAUUGUAUUGUAUUGUAUUGUAAAUCUUUUCACACAGUAAAUAUACUGAUUCAUUGAUAUUCAAUAGUGUAAAGUUCAGUUUACACAGAUCUGUGAAGCUGGGAGAACCAGUUCCCUCAAGAUUACAGAUACACCUUGCUGACGAGUGUGACAAGUGGCACGAAACCCGAGUUCAGGGUUUCCUGUUGACUACCUCCAGCCACCAUCUUAUCUCAACAUAAUGCACGCAGUGUCGUGUCCCAAGACUGAUGGUCAUAUUGCAACUUGGUCGGUAGCAUUCGAUCUGCACUAAGAAGGACAUUUGCACCACUUUUCCUAACCUUCGAAUAAUAAUUUAGAGCAAGGACCGAAUAUAUAGAAGUAAACAAGAGAGAGAAAAGGAGCAUUAGAGCUGACAAUCAGAAAUACGUGGAAGACGUGAAAACGACAGCGGAAAUGCAAGACAAAUACAUGACACAAG